GCUCCAUCCGUACUAUGCGUAACAGAGGGACAAGCUGACUACUCCCGGCUGUGUUUUUACAGUAAGCCUGGGGCCGAAACAUUCAAUGAAUCGUUGUUAAAAUUCUGACCCAAUAUUGGUCUAGUGUUGAUGGAGUUUGGAGUUGAAGACAACCAGACGAGAAGGACAGAGGCGAUCGGAGUUUCUAUUCAUCAUGAUGCCAGGAAAGAGAAGACGUUACGUGGUGUUGUUCCAAACCAAAUACUUUAUGCUUGACAAUGGAACACGGCUGUGAAUGAUUCGGAAGGGUUUUGUCAGUUGGAAUUACACUAUAAGGGGUUUACGGUUGGAUCUUGGGUUCAGAGAGCCUUUGUUUACUAGAUCAGAAAGAGUCCAGCAGUCAGGUCAUGUGAAUCGGAGAGGAGUGUGUGUCCUUGUUUAGAUGGUGAUUAGAUAGGGACUCAUAAGCUGCGCAUGUUACUUAACCCAACCACUGAAACCAUGUCGCGUGUGACAGAAGCGUCCGCGUCGAUAAUAAUUUAACCUGAGAGAGAAAGCAUCUAGGGAGCGGGGCCUCUCAACUCGCCCCUGGCCGGAGGGUGUACGGACCGGCUGUGGUGACAUCACCUCGCAACGGUGCCACCAUGGAUCUACUUGAGUGCCCAAUCUGCCUGUUCCUCAUGUGUGAACCGGCCACCAUGUCCUGUGGUCACUCGUUCUGCCGGAGCUGCCUGGGAAACUACUUGCCAUCCAGGUGCCCAGCCUGCAAGGAAAGAUUUAAACAGAGAGACGGCAAAAACAUCAAGAACAACAUCCUGCUCUUCAGUGUCAUUGAGAAGUGCUGCCCAGAAGAGACGAGGAUGAAGUGCCAUAUUCUGGAGAAACUCAAAACCAGCGAGUACACAGAAGCUUUACGCAUCGCGGAUGAAGGAAUCCGACUAGGUAGGUUCCUAAAAAGAAUGUGUGAACUUGAGUACGUUUGGGGAAUACAUUUCCUUAUGCAACCCUCGAGUAGGCUGCAGGACAGGCCUAUGAUAAAAUGUGUAUAUACGUUGUGUAAAAUGGAAUCAAGCCACUUAUAAAAGCCCCACACGACCCUAAUUACGUAAAUGUACAUCCAACAGUUGUUUGCCCGAAAAAACUCCAGCUAAGACGUAGGAAAUAAAAUGCUGACACAUAAAAACACACACACUUGAAGUUCAUUCCUAUAGAUUAAUGUGCUUAGUUUAAAUUAUUUUGUCUUAAGUGCAAUAUAGCCUACACAAUCUGGCCCCCCUUGCAAAAGAGGCUUCAAACCUCAACGGUCUUUUCCUGGUUAAUACAGGUUAAAUAAAAUACUGUUGAAACUGCUAUAAUAUAAUAGUGGUGUAGUGACCUGGCAUCAGUGGCGACCCGUUAUUCAGGUCAUUGAGCCCCACCUGUUUAGCUAUACAUAAACAUUUAAAAAAAUCAGUUUGCAAACAAUGUAAAAAACAACAACAAAUAAGUCAUAGUGUUAACCUCUUAAAUGUAAAGUCCCCAUAUUUGCGGAAAGCUGAGUAUCUUGGCUAUUGAUCUGUGCCUUAAAAUCUUUGGUGUGACUUACUACCAUAUAUUUGCAUACGAAUGUAUAAGGGCAGGCCCAGCCAAUGACCUAAUUUGAAGAUGGCUACUACCUACAUUCCGGUUAGCGUUGUGAAGCAUAAACGAAGUAAACACGGAAUAUAUCGAUACACACCGAAAGCCGGGACUCCACAGAUCAUGAGGAGGUCUUAUUUGUCUGCCUGUGACCUACCUUUAUUGAUCACCAGCACCGAGAGUCAAAAUGUUUAUUUUACACAACGUUUUUUGCAUGUUAUUUUGGCAUAAAUACCUGUCAAAUAUCAGUUUGCAAACAAUGUAAAAAAUAAAUUUAAAAAAUCAUUGAGUUAAUAAAGCCGCAUACAAACAUGGUCUCUUUUUUUGCUUUCUUGAGUAAGGCAGCUCCAAAAUGCAGGUGUUUCAGCCUAGCUCAGUGCUUUCUGUGGUGGUGGUGGGGCAGCAAGUGGAAAAUACAGAGCAUAUGGGUUGGUAAUGUUCUCUAGUUGCGCCGUGAUUGGCUCAGUGUUCUGUCACUCAUGGGGACACUACAUCGCCACAAAAUCUAUGGGGAGAGCUCGAGAAAUUCAGGUCCCCUGGGUGCUGCCAUAGAGUUACAUUAGAAGUGCCCAUCCAAGAAGGCUCAAGGUCAUUGGCCAUAGAUAAAAUGACGUCAAAUCACUUUAUAUCUAGAGUAGCUUUGAUUGGACUGAUCAUGUCAACAUAAUACUUUCAAAAUCUUAGCUAGCAAGCUAGACAAGCAGUCAUCAUCAUGAAUCACGUUGACAAUCUACUGGCAAAUCCUUUUAAAUCCUUGUCGUAUGAAGAGAAAUUAUAGAUAAAACGUAUCGGUGCUCAUCGGCCAUUGGACAUAAACAUUAUACAACAAGUUGGAAAUCGCAAAUUCAACAAUGAGUGGUUUGGAAGGAAUCUGGCUAAUUGCAAGUGUUGCAAAGCAAUCACUAGCCUGCUAUUCAGUGGAGUGGGUGUGUGGUCCAAGUCUGGGUUUAAGGGUCUCUUUUCCAAGCUUAAAAAGAUUAACAUUCAACACCAUGGGCUAGAAAAGGUUGAAUACUGCAUAAAUUAUGUAAUAUUCCAGGGAGAUACUGUAUGUAUACUGUAGCUAAGAAAGUGAUACUAAGUGUAUGUUGUGUAGUAAGCUGUUAGUAGCCCAUGUGCCUCACCCUAAUCAUUUGGUCCCUUUCAACCUCAUAACUUAGCCUACUGUUCUGAAUUGGUUGUGCACAUGUAGCCUAUAGCCUGUUUUAGAGAAAUGUAAUCAUUGAAUAUUGUAAGAACUUUCAUUGGCUGCUUAUAUGCCCCCUUUAUUUAUCCUAUGGUUCUGACUUGGUGUAUAGGGAGAAUACUGUAAGAACGGCCCAUGUUCUGAAUUCUGUGGCUGUACAUUUCAAAAGUGAUGAACAAAUAGUUAUAUUGACUACGUCCGUCCUAGCUCGCUCAUUAAUGUCUUAAUCGAAAUGACGGAUUGCCUCUUAUUCGCUCGUCGUCCCCUUAUGCCAUAGUUUGUACAUCUCAAUUGUCAGUAGAAACCACAUUUGUUUAAGCAACUCAGCCAUAUCAGCUAUGUUUUUUUUAAAAGGCAGUAAAAUAUUCUGAAUGAACUGUUUCGCUGCCAGAGAAGGCUCCGCUGAUAGCCAGGUGUAGCAGUGGUAAGGAUUCACUCCGUGGUGCUGAAAAGAAAGAUCUGCUGUUGAUGUAACCGGUGUGAAAUGGCUAGCAAGUUAGCGGUGCGCGCUAGUAGCAUUUCAAUUGGUGACGUCACUCGCUCUGAGACCUUGAAGUAGUUGUUUCCCUUGCUCUGCAAGGGCCGCGGCUUUUGUGGAGCGACGGGUAACGGUGCUUCGAGGGUGACUGUUGUCAAUGUGUGCAGAGGGUCCCUGGUUCGAGCCCAGGUAGGGGCGAGGAGAGGGACGGAAGCAAAACUGUUUAGUGACAUCGGGCACUGAUGUUGGGCGAUUAGGCCUGGCUCGCAGUCGGCGUUCUAAUUCAUCCCAAAGGUGUUAGAUGGGGUUGAGGUCAGGGCUCUGUGCAGGCCAGUCAAGUUCUUCCAUACCGAUCACACCACUUCUGUAUGGACGUCGCUUUGUGCACGGGGGCAUUGUCAUGCUGAAACAGGAAAGGGCCUUCCCCAAACUGUUGCCACAAAGUUGGAAGCACUCCAGAGAACGCGUUUCCACUGCUCCAGAGUCCAAUGGCGGCAAGCUUUAUACCACUCCAGCCAUCGCUUGGCAUUGCGCAUGGUGAUCUUAUGCUUGUGGGUGGCUGCUCGGCCAUGGAAACCCAUUUGAUGAAGCUCCCGACGAACAGUUCUUGUGCUGACGUUGCAACUGAGGACAGACUGUCUUUACGCGCUUCAGCACUCGGCGGUCCCGUUCUGUCAGCUUGUGUGGCCUACUAGACGUUUCCAAUUCACAAUAACAGCACUUACAGUUGACGGGACAGCUCUAGCAGGGCAGAAAGUUGAUGAGCUGACUUGUUGGCAAGGUGGCAUCCUAUGAUGGUGCCACGUUGAAAGUCACUGAGCUCUUCAGGAAGACCAUUCUACUGCCAAUGUUUGUCUACGGAGAUUGCAUGGCUGUGUGCUCGUAUUUUACAUUUUAGUCAUUUAGCAGACGCUCUUAUCCAGAGCGACUUACAGUUAGUGAGUGCAUACAUUUUCAUACUGGCCCCCCGUGGGAAUCGAACCCACAACCCUGGCGUUGCAAACGCCAUGCUCUACCAACUGAGCUACACGGGGCCACCUGUCAGCAACGGGUGUGGCAGAAAUAGCCGAAUCCACUAAUUUGAAGGGGUGUCCGCAUACUUUUGUAUAUAUAGUGUAUCUUAGCUGGAAUAUCCGGAACUACCGUGUUCCUAGUAUUCACUGUAUAAGCCUGAUGAUUAUUGGAAGUGUGUGAAGAUAUGGGUCAGUGAUGAGUACACACACGGCCACUGAACUAAUCAUAAGAUGGGUAAUAACAUACACCAGAUAUCACAGUUUUAAGAAUUGGCCUUAUUGAAUGCAGUUAUCUUUAUAAGGCUGUGAUAGAAUGCAGUUCUACACAUGUUCAUAGGCAACAAGUUACAUGGUCGUGGACAGAUCAAAUAUUACAUGUUAUUAUCGAUAACAUUUAUUGUGUUUGUGCACGGCAUAUAACAUGGCAAUAAAUAACCUUUUACACAUUCACAUGCUUGUUAUCUACACUUUAUAUAUAUAUAUAUAUAUAUAUAUAUAUAUACACUAGAUGACUGACAGGUGGCGCUGUUUUGAAGCCACUGCGCCUUCAUCUUGGCAAUCCCCCACUAUUGUAAAAAAAAUAAUAUUUUGGAAGCUAUAGAAAUGCAUUUAGAAAUGUCUACAUUUGUUUUUUCCCCGGUUAUUCUAUUACAGACACCUUCAUGCAUACUUUUAAAUUAUAUUAUGUGAGCUAAACAUAAAAAAAAAAAUAUAUAUAUAUAUAUAAUAAUAUACAAACAUUUUUAAAGUACUAAUGUUACUGUCCCCGCUACAACAAUACUUAAAUGCAUGUAAUUUUGUCCUUGAAACAUUUGAAAUGAAACACCAUAGAAUUCCAAUAAUUCCUUUUGGAGGACUACUUUUCUGAGGAGUGCCAAUAUGGCUGUCCGGUGGCUUCAAAGCCUCUCAUUGGCCACUACAUAGCAUCAGAAAUCCAGAGUUUCUAUACAUCAUUGGUUACCACUGAGGCUCUAAAUGUGUACCAUGGGGUGAUACACACACAUACACACGUGCUGCGUUCAACCAGUUAGCAAGUCCGACAUUUCUGAGUUUCCUAAUUCCGACUAGCACGUAAAGCGGCAACACACACAGACGCUGCUGUCACUAGGUCAUCAGACAGUGACACCAGCUGUGAGGUCAUUGUUUUGAAGACUGGACUUCUAGGAUUGCUUCAGGCUGAGGGGACUGGCAAGGGGCAACCAACCCUUUCUGUUUGUGUUUGUGAACAGAGAACCAGCUUGCUGAAGGGACUCUUCUCUAGGUUAAUCUCUGUAGGUGAGGGCUUUGUGGUGGAAUGUGUGGGCAUCACUUCCUUUUAGGUGGUUGUAGAAUUUAACAGCUAUUUUCUGGAUUUUGAUAACUAGCGGGUAUAGUCCUAAUUCUGCUCUGCAUUAAUUGUUUGGGGUUUUGCGUUGUACACAAAGUAUAUUUUUGCAGAAUUCUGCAUGCAGAGUCAAUUGGGCUGUUUGUCCCAUUUUGUGAAUUAUUGGUUGGUGAGUGGACCCCAGACCUCAAUCGCAACCUUAGAGGGCAAUGGGUUUUAUAACUGAAUGAAGUAUUUUUAGCCAGAUCCUAAGUGGGAUGUCCAAUUUUAUGUUCCUUUUGAUGGCGUAGAAGGCUCUUCUUGCCUUGUCUCGUAGAUCGUUCACAGCUUUGUGGAAGUUACCUGUGGUAUUGAUGUUUAGGCUAAGGUAGGUAUAGUUCUUUGUGUGCUCUAUGGCAACAGUGUCUAGAUAGAAUUUGUAUUUCUUGUCCUGGCUACUGGGUCUUUUUUGGAGCACCAUUAUUUUUGUCUUAGAUUAACCCCCUAGAGUUGAUGUACGUGCCCCCGUGGAAAUGUAAUUAGCAUAUUUUAAAAAUCCCCAUAAAAAUCUGUCAGUUUAAGCUAGAGAUAUCUUUUGUUUGCAUUGGAUGCAUCUCAAUCCACUGCAUCCACCGAUUUAACACUUCCACAUCUGCAGUGAAAGGUGAUAGAGCUAGAGCGGUGUUUGUCAGACCAUGAGACAUCUCGAAAAUCGGUCUUCUCACAAAGUCAUCUGUAGCAUCCAAACUGUUUGACCUAGAAACUAUUUUCACCCCUCUAUGGAAAGAUGAGACUCUCACGAACACGUACAUGGUUGUUUUGCUCUAGGACGCCCACAGGCCUCACAAGAUUCGUCUAUAGGCCCCCGGUACCAGUUGAAAAAAUUUAUGGAAGUAUAUAUGGAGACUGUUUAGUGCCAAAACUAAGGGAUUAAAUCCUGAUCUUUCUUAUAUCUCUCAGAUAUACAGUGAGGGAAAAAAGUAUUUGAUACGUUUGCCCACUGACAAAGAAAUGAUCAGUCUGUAAUUUUAAUGGUAGGUUUAUUUGAACAGUGAGAGACAGAAUAACAACAAAAAAAUCCAGAAAAACGCAUGUCAAAAAUGUUAUAAAUUGAUUUGCAUUUUAAUGAGGGAAAUAAGUAUUUGACCCCUCUGCAAAACAUGACUUACAGUGGGGAAAAAAAGUAUUUAGUCAGCCACAAUUGUGCAAGUUCUCCCACUUAAAAAGAUGAGAGAGGCCUGUAAUUUUCAUCAUAGGUACACGUCAACUAUGACAGACAAAUUGAGAAAAAAAUUAUGGUGGAAAAUAACCUGUAUUAAUGGCACCUGUUUGAACUUGUUAUCAGUAUAAAAGACACCUGUCCACAACCUCAAACAGUCACACUCCAAACUCCACUAUGGCCAAGACCAAAGAGCUGUCAAAGGACACCAGAAACAAAAUUGUAGACCUGCACCAGGCUGGGAAGACUGAAUCUGCAAUAGGUAAGCAGCUUGGUUUGAAGAAAUCAACUGUGGGAGCAAUUAUUAGGAAAUGGAAGACAUACAAGACCACUGAUAAUCUCCCUCGAUCUGGGGCUCCACGCAAGAUCUCACCCCGUGGGGUCAAAAUGAUCACAAGAACGGUGAGCAAAAAUCCCAGAACCACACUGGGGGACCUAGUGAAUGACCUGCAGAGAGCUGGGACCAAAGUAACAAAGCCUACCAUCAGUAACACACUACGCCGCCAGGGACUCAAAUCCUGCAGUGCCAGACGUGUCCCCCUGCUUAAGCCAGUACAUGUCCAGGCCCAUCUGAAGAUGAAACCAAAAUAGAACUUUUUGGUAAAAACUCAACUCGUCGUGUUUGGAGGACAAAGAAUGCUGAGUUGCAUCCAAAGAACACCCUACCUACUGUGAAGCAUGGGGGUGGAAACAUCAUGCUUUGGGGCUGUUUUUCUGCAAAGGGACCAGGACGACUGAUCCAUGUAAAGGAAAGAAUGAAUGGGGCCAUGUAUCGUGAGAUUUUGAGUGAAAACCUCCUUCCAUCAGCAAGGGGAUUGAAGAUGAAACGUGGCUGGGUCUUUCAGCAUGCCAAUGAUCCCAAACACACCGCCCGGGCAACGAAGGAGUGGCUUCGUAAGAAGCAUUUCAAGGUCCUGGAGUGGCCUAACCAGUCUCCAGAUCUCAACCCCAUAGAAAAUCUUUGGAGGGAGUUGAAAGUCUGUGUUGCCCAGCGACAGCCCCAAAACAUCACUGCUCUAGAGGAGAUCUGCAUGGUGGAAUGGGCCAAUAUACCAGCAACAGUGUGUGAAAACCUUGUGAAGACUUACAGAAAACGUGCGACCUGUGUCAUUGCCAACAAAGGGUAUAUAACAAAGUAUUGAGAAACUUUUGUUAUUGACCAAAUACUUAUUUUCCACCAUAAUUUGCAAAUAAAUUCCUUAAAAAUCCUACAAUGUGAUUUUCUGGAUUUUUUUUCUCAUUUUGUCUGUCAUAGUUGACGUGUACCUAUGAUGAAAAUUACAGGCCUCGCUCAUCUUUUUAAGUGGGAGAACUAUUUGGUGGCUGACUAAAUACUUUUUUUCCCCACUGUAGUACUUGGUGGCAAAACCCUUGUUGGCAAUCACAGAGGUCAGACGUUUCUUGUAGUUGGCCACCAGGUUUGCACACAUCUCAGGAGGGAUUUUGUCCCACUCCUCUUUGCAGAUCUUCUCCAAGUCAUUAAGGUUUCGAGGCUGACGUUUGGCAACUCAAACCUUCAGCUCCCUCCUCAGAUUUUCUAUGGGAUUAAGGUCUGGAGACUGGCUAGGCCACUCCAGGACCUUAAUGUGCUUCUUCUUGAGCCACUCCUUUGUUGCCUUGGCCGUGUGUUUUGGGUCAUUGUAAUGCCGGAAUACCCAUCCACGACCCAUUUUCAAUGCCCUGGCUGAGGGAAGGAGGUUCUCACCCAAGAUUUGACGGUACAUGGCCCCAUCCAUCGUCCCUUUGAUGCAGUGAAGUUGUCCUGUCCCCUUAGCAGAAAAACACCCCCAAAGCAUGUUUCCACCUCCAUGUUUGACGGUGGGGAUGUCAUAGGCAGCAUUCCUCCUCCUCCAAACACGGCGACAUGAGUUGAUGCCAAAGAGCUCGAUUUUGGUCUCAUCUGACCACAACACUUUCACCCAGUUCUCCUCUGAAUCAUUCAGAUGUUCAUUGGCAAACUUCAGACGGGCCUGUAUAUGUGCUAUCUUGAGCAGAGGGACCUUGCGGGCGCUGCAGGAUUUCAGUCCUUCACGGCGUAGUGUGUUACCAAUUGUUUUCUUGGUGACCAUGGUCCCAGCUGCCUUGAGAUCAUUGACAAGAUCCUCCCGUGUAGUUCUGGGCUAAUUCCUCACCGUUCUCAUGAUCAUUUCAACUCCACGAGGUGAGAUCUUGCAUGGAGCCCCAGACCGAGGCAGAUUGACAGUUAUUUUGUGUUUCUUCCAUUUGUGAAUAAUCGCACCAACUGUUGUCACCUUCUCACCAAGCUGCUUGGCGAUGGUCUUGUAGCCUAUACCAGCCUUGUUUAGGUCUACAAUCUUGUCCCUGACAUCCUUGGAGAGCUCUUUGGUCUUGGCCAUGGUGGAGAGUUUGGAAUCUGAUUGAUUGCUUCUGUGGACAGGUGUCUUUUAUACAGGUAACAAGCUGAGAUUAGGAGCACUCCCUUUAAGAGUGUGCUCCUAAUCUCAGCUCGUUACCUGUAUAAAAGACACCUGGGAGCCAGAAAUCUUUUUCAUUGAGAGGGGGUCAAAUACUUAUUUCCCUCAUUAAAAUGCAAAUCAAUUUAUAAAAAUUUUGACAUGUGUUUUUCUGGAUUUUGUUGUUGUUAUUCUGUCUCUCACUGUUCAAAUAAACCUACCAUUAAAUUUAUAGACUGAUCAUUUCUUUGUCAGUGGGCAAACUUACAAAAUCAGCAGGGGAUCAAAUACUCUUUUCCCUCACUGUAGGACAGACACUUCAGAACGAACUUCCUUUUGAUAUUUUUUUGGGGACUAUCUCUUGUUCCAUGUAGUGAAUCUGUUAUUCAAUGCGUUUGUAUCGGCUAAUAGCAGUAAGGCCUGAUUUUUUUCUUCAUCAAUUAAUGUUUUUAUAUAUAUUUUUUAUACUUCAAGGGGUCUUAAAAUUCCAAAUCAAAUAGCUAAAAGAUCCUUGGUAUGACCUUCUUAAAACAAUUCCAUAUAGCUUAGUAGAACCCCCCCUAAGAUAGGGCUUAGACUCUUAUGGGUUACCUUUCAGGGCCCAAGCCUGACAGAAGCUGUGCAGAAGAUCUAGGUGCUGCUUUAGGCCCUCCUUAGUUGUGGACAGAAGCACCAGAUCAUCUACAGUAGACAUUUAAUUUCCGAGUCCAGUAGGGUGAGGCCGGGUGCUGCAUACAGUUCUAGUGCCCUCGCCAAUUCAUUGAUAUACACUGAGAGAGAGAGAGAGAGAGAGAGAGAGAGAGGCUGUGUUAUAAGCAUUGGAGUGUUAGUGAGUCUUCGUUACUGUUCCUCUUUGCUAUGGCUAGACAGUAAUGUCAGUAAUGCCAGUAGUCCUCACACGUGCCACUCCCCCAGAGAAGCACAGCAGUGUUUAGGGAAGUGACCUGGGUUACUUCUGAGUUGUUGAGCUGAGGAGUGUAAGGUGAUAUUCACAGUUUCCUUGUCUUUCUCGUUACACUCAGUGUAGAGCAACAGAGAAUAAAACAACUUCCUAUAAAAGUAAGUCUGUGAUGACUCUGACUGAAUCUUUCUCCUCCACCCACCAGUAGUUUAACUGCUUUUCUGUCUAGGUUGUCAUACUGAGGGUGUCAGUGCACCAAACACUUUGCAUAAAUAACUGUUUCUAUGCACCACACAGGACUAUGCAUAGCAGUUCUGGUUUUAAUGCAACCCUGCUGUGUCAUUGUUUUGAUACACAUAAUCAUAUUCUAUUAAUACUCUGCAGGCUUUGCUGUAAAACUAGUAGGUAGCCACACCCAGAGCAUCCUGGUCUUGGGGGAGGAGUGAAGGUGAGGGUGUGAGAUCAGAUGAUUGUGCAACUUCUAGCAAGAAUGGAGAUGGGUUGAGUUCAUAUUGUCACUUCAGGCUUUUGGGAGAUGUCCAGUGUUGUCUAAUAUUCCCUAUGCACUGCAGGUGCAAGGGCAAAUCGAACUAACCCAAUUCUGACUGGGAAGCUGUCAUACUACGAUCACUGAUAGUGAUCAAUGUUAAUUAUAUCUAAUUACCCCCCCCCCCCCCCCUUCCCAGCUCCUGGUGAUGUAAGUCUGAAGGUGUGGAGAGCAGAAGCCAAUAUGGGACUGAGACUAUUCCCUGAUGCCCUGAAGGACCUGGAAGAGCUCUGCUGCUUUCGCCCCAACUGGACAGAGGUAAGAAACACCAUGUUAUUAGAGAGAGAGACUAAUUGCUAUGUCAGACCAUACCAGGAGAGAGGAUGGUGUAACUGAAUCGGGGCCUGCCUAGUUGUCUAUACGUGUGCUGCAUCCUCUUUGUUUUCCUAUAACACUAUCACUGUUUAUUCCCCUUUACUGAUCCGUCAUCUAUGGGUGCAUCUCAAUAGUCUACUGUGUUGGCAGAUCAGUUGCUGUCGUAAUAAGUCACCACCACGUAAACUUACAACGAGUUGUAUCAAAUCAGAUUGAUUAGAUUUGAUGGCAGAUUUUCAGUUUCCUAGAGUGCAUCCCAAAUGGUACCCUAAUAUUGUCUUUAUAGUUCACUCUAUGGGCCCUAAUUGAAAAUACUGCACUAAUUAGGCAUUUUGGACACCAUUCUAGUUUUGUGUGUCAUGGUUGUUUUCUCUGUGGCUGCUGCUGAUGGAGUGUGUCUGUAAAAAUGUACAGUAUGUAAUGUGAUUUGGGGCACAUUAUGCAAACGGAUACUUAUGUCAUAACGUAACUGAAUCAUGGACACUAGUGGGUGAGUACUAUAACAGCUACACAUUGUUGUUAUGUCAUGGAAGUAAGGCUGUUGUGUAGGAUUACCCCUUUUGACCAUAACAUCUAUGUGUAGAAACAAGCCCAAAUAUAGGUCAGUGCUAUUCACUUCUGGUGCUGGAGGUCUGCUUUGUUUUUUUAGGUUUUUGUUCCAGCCCUGCACUCUCACCUAAAUCCGCUAAUCCAGGGUUUCCCAAACUUCUCUCUCUCUCUCUUUCAAUUCAAUUUCAAUUCAAUUUAAGGGCUUUAUUGGCAUGGGAAACGUGUGUUAACAUUGCCAAAGCAAGGGAAGUAGAUAGUAAACAAAAGUGAAAUAAACAAUAAAUAUUAACAGUAAACAUUACACUCAGAAGUUUCAAAAGAAUAAAGACAUUUCAAAUGUCAUAUUAUGUAUAUAUACAGUGUUGUAACAAUGUGCAAAUAGUUAAAGUACAAAUGGGAAAAUAAAUAAACAUAAAUAUGGGUUGUAUUUACAAUGGUGUUUGUUCUUCACUGGUUGCCCUUUUCUUGUGGCAACAGGUCACAAAUCUUGCAGCUGUGAUGGCACACUGUGGUUUUUCACCCAGUAGAUAAGGGAGUUUAUCAAAAUUGGGUUUGUUUUCGAAUUCUUUGUGGAUCGCUGUAAUCUGAGGGAAAUAUGUGUCUCUAAUAUGGUCAUACAUUUGGCAGGAGGUUAGGAAGUGCAGCUCUCUCUCUCGCUCUCUCUCUCUACCUCUCUCUCUACCUCUCGCUCUUUUCCUCUCUCUGCCUCUCUCUCUCUUCCUCUCUCUCUCUCUCUCUCUCUCUCUCUACCUCUCUCUCUACCUCUCUCUCUACCUCUCUCUUCUAACUAUCUCUCUCUCUCUCUCUCUCUCUACCUCUCUCUACCUCUCUCUCUCUACCUCUCUCUAACUCUCUACCUCUCUCUUUCUCUCUUUCUCUCUCUACCUCUCUACCUCUCUCUCUACCUCUCUCUCUCUACCGCUCUCUCUCUCUCUCUCUCUCUCUCUCUCUCUCUCUCUCUCUCUCUCUACCUCUCUCUACCUCUCUCUACCUCUCUCAAUUCAAUUCAAUUUAAGGGCUUUAUUGGCAUGGGAAACAUAUGUUACCAUUGCCAAACCAAGGAAGUAGAUAGUAAACCAAAGUGAAAUAAACAAUAAAUAUUAACAGUAAACAUUACACUCAGAAGUUCCACAAGAAUAAAGACAUUUCAAAUGUCAUAUUAUGUAUAUAUACAGUGUUGUAACAAUGUGCAAAUAGUUAAAGUCCAAAUGGGAAAAUAAAUAAACAUAAAUAUGGGUUGUAUUUACAAUGGUGUUUGUUCUUCACUGGUUGCCCUUUUCUUGUGGCAACAGGUCACAAAUCUUGCUGCUGUGAUGGCACACUGUGGUAUUUCACCCAGUAGAUAAGGGAGUUUAUCAAAAUUGGGUUUGUUUUCAAAUUCUUUGUGGAUCUCUGUAAUCUGAGGGAAAUAUGUGUCUCUAAUAUGGUCAUACAUUUGGCAGGAGGUUAGGAAGUGCAGCUCAGUUUCCACCUCAUUUUGUGGGCAGUGUGCACAUAGCCUGUCUUCUCUUGAGAGCCAGGUCUGCCUACGGCAUAUUCUAGAGUCUGUACAUAUUCAAAACUUUCCUUAAGCUUGGGUCAGUCACAGUGGUCAGGUAUUCUGCCACUGUGUACUCUCUGUCUGGGCCAGAUAGCAUUCUAGUUUGCUCUGUUUUUUUGUUAAUUCUUUCCAAUGUGUCAAGUAAUUCUGUUUUUCUUUUCUCAUGAUUUGCUUGGGUCUAAUUGUGUUGUUGUCCUGGGGCUCUGUGGGGUCUGUUUGUGUUUGUGAACAGAGCCCCAGGACCAGCUUACUUAGUGGACUCUUCUCAAAGUUAAUCUCUCUGUAGGUGAUGGUUUUGUUAUGGAAUGUUUGGGAAUCACUUCCUUUUAAGUGGUUAUAGAAUUUAACGGCUCUUUUCUGGAUUUUGAUUAUUUGCGGGCAUCGGCCUAAUUCUGCUCUGCAUAUAUUAUUUGGUGUUUUUCGUUGUACACUGAGGAUAUUUUUGAAGAAUUCUGCAUGCAGAGUCUCAAUUUGGUGUUUGUCCCAUUUUGUGAAUUAUUGGUUGGUGAGCGGACCCCAGACCUCACAACCAUGAAGGUCAAUGGGUUCUAUAACUGAUUCAAGUAUUUUAAGCCAGAUCCUAAUUGGUAUGUCGAAUUUUAUGUUCCUUUUGAUGGCAUAGAAGGCCCUUCUUGCCUUGUCUCUCAGAUGGUUCACAGCUUUGUGGAAUUUACCUGUGGCGCUGAUGUUUAGGCCUUUUGUGUGCUCUAGGGCAACGGUGUCUAGAUGUAAUUUGUAUUUGUGGUACUGGCAACUGGACCUUUUUUUGGAACACCAUUAUUUUCGUCUUACUGAGAUUUAUUGUCAGGGCCCAGGUCUGACAGAAUCUGUGCAGAAGAUCUAGGUACUGCUAUAGGCCCUCCUUGGUUGGUGACAGAAGCACCAGAUCGUCAGCAAACAGUAGAAAAUUGACUUCAGAUUCUAGUAGGGUGAGGCCAGGUGCUGCAGACUGUUCUAGUGCCCUAGCCAAUUCGUUGAUAUAUAUGUUGAAGAGGGUGGGGCUUAAACUGCAUCCCUGUCUCACCCCACGGCCCUGUGGAAAGAAAUGUGUGUGUUUUUGCCAAUUUUAACUAUACACUUGUUGUUUGUGUACAUGGAUUUUAUAAUGUUCUAUGUUUUCCCCAAACACCACUUUCCAUCAAUUUGUAUAGCAGACCCUCAUGCCAAAUUGAGUCAAAAGCUUUUUUGAAAUCAACAAAGCAUGAGAAGACUUUGCCUUUGUUUUGGUUUGUUUGUUUGUCAAUUAGGGUGUGCAGGGUGAAUACAUGGUCUGUCGUAUGGUAAUUUGGUAAAAAGCCAAUUUGAAAUUUGCUCAGUACAUUGUUUUCACUGAGGAAAUGAACUAGUCUGCUGUUAAUGAUAAUGCAGAGGAUUUUCCCAAGGUUGCUGUUGACGCAUAUCCCACGGUAGUUAUUGGGGUCAAAUUUGUCUCCACUUUUGUGGAUUGGGGUGAUCAGUCCUAGGUUCCAAAUAUUGGGGAAGAUGCCAGAGCUAAGGAUGAUGUUAAAUAGUUUAAAUAUAGCCAAUUGGAAUUUGUGGUCUGUAUAUUUUAUCAUUUCAUUGAGGAUACCAUCAACACCACAGGGCUUUUUGGGUUGGAGGGUUUGUAUUUUGUCAUGUAGUUCAUUCAAUGUAAUUGUCACACCCUGGCUCUGGGACUCUAUAUGUUGAGCCAGGGUGUGUAUAUUCUAUGUGUUGUUGGUCUAUGUCGGGAUUCUAUGUAUUGUAUUUCUGUGUUGGCCAGAGUGGUUCCCAAUCAGAGGCAACGAGUGUCGGCUGUUGCUGGUUGUCUCUGAUUGGGAGCCAUAUUUAUAGAGGCUGUUUUCCCACAAUAGUUGUGGGAUCUUGUUCCAGUUGGUUUUGUGUUUGUACCAUGGACUUCACGUAUCGUUUGUUGUUUUGUUUAUUGUGUGUGCACUUAAUUAAAUAAGAUGUACAAAUCUCACGCUGCGCCCUGGUCUACUCUCUCUAACGAUCGUGACAGUAAUUGGAGAAUCCAGUGGGUUCUGGUAGACUUUAAUAGUUGAUUCUAAGAUUUGCAUUUGAUCGUAUAUUUUUUUGCUGUUUGUUCAAUGUUACAGAGCCACCCAUGCAUGUCACGAGCGUCGUAAGGAUGAGACCAAAGCGCAGCGUUGCGAGUGAACAUGAUUUAUUAAUAAACGUACUCACGAAAACAAAACAAACAAAGACGAUGCGUGAAGUCCAAUAAACAGAGACACUGGAACAUGGAACAAUAACCCACAACUAACACAAGAAAACCUACAUCUUAAAUAUGGCUCCCAAUCAGAGAUAACGAGCGACAGCUGACACUCGUUACCUCCGAUUGGGAGUCAAUGAAUACAAACAAGGAAACACAACACCAACCUAGAAAUAGACACAACAGAACUCCUCACCUAGAAAUAAACGUGACAGACAUGCAAACAUAAAAUACACCCAAAACCCAACAAACAACAUACACCCUGGCUCAAAUACACAAGUCCUGGAGCCAGAGUGUGACAGUACCCCCCCCUAAAGGUGCGAACUCCGGGCGCACCAGCAUACAGUCUAGGGGAGGGUCUGGGUGGGCGUCUGUCCACGGUGGCGGUUCUGCUUCUGGUCGUGGUCCCCAUCCCACCUUAGUCACUCUCCGCUUCCGUCCUCCCUUCCUCAUGACCACCCCCCAACUCAACCCCACUGGAUUAAGGGGCGGCACCGGACUCAGGGGCGGCACCUGACUACGGGACAGUACCGGACUAAGGGGCAGCACCGGACUAAGGGGCAGCACCGGGAUAAGGGGCAGCACCGGGACAAGGGGCAGCACCGGACUACGGGGCAGUACCGGACUAAAGGGCAGUACAGGACUAAGGGGCAGCACCGGGCUAAGGGGCAGUACCGGACUACGGGGCAGCACCGGACUAAAGGGCAGCACCGGGCUAAGAGGCAGUACCGGACUACGGGUCAGCACCGGGCUAAGGGGCGGCACCGGACUCAGGGGCAGCACCGGACUAAGUGGCAGUACCUGACUAGAUGGCGGAUCCUGGCUGGCUGGCUCUGGCGGAUCCUGGCGGGACGGCUCUGGCGGAUCCUGGCGGGACGGCUCUGGCGGAUCCUGGCGGGACGGCUCUGGCGGAUCCAGGCUGGACGACUCUGGCGGAUCCUGGCGGGACGGCUCUGGCGGAUCCAGGCUGGACGGCUCUGGCGGAUCCAGGCUGGACGGCUCUGGCGGAUCCUGGCGGGACGGCUCUGGCGGAUCCGGGCUGACCGGCUCUGGCGGAUCCUGGCUGGCCGGCUCUGGCUGAUCCUGGCUGGACGGCUCUGGCGGAUCCUGGCGGGACGGCUCUGGCGGAUCCGGGCUGACCGGCUCUGGCGGAUCCUGACUGGCCGGCUCUGGCUGAUCCUGGCUGGACGGCUCUGGCGGAUCCAGGCUGGACGGCUCUGGCGGAUCCAGGCUGGACGGCUCUGGCGGAUCCUGGCGGGACGGCUCUGGCGGAUCCGGGCUGACCGGCUCUGGCGGAUCCUGGCUGGCCGGCUCUGGCUGAUCCUGGCUGGACGGCUCUGGCGGAUCCUGGCUGGCCGGCUCUGGCUGAUCCUGGCUGGCUGACGGAUCUGGCUGCUCAUGGCUGGCUGACGGAUCUGGCUGCUCAUGGCUGACUGACGGAUCUGGCUGCUCAUGGCUGGCUGACGGAUCUGGCUGCUCAUGGCUGGCUGACGGAUCUGGCUGCUCAUGGCUGGCUGACGGGUCUGGCUGCUCAUGGCUGGCUGACGGGUCUGGCUGCUCAUGGCUGGCUGACGGAUCUGGCUGCUCAUGGCUGGCUGACGGAUCUGGCUGCUCAUGGCUGGCUGACGGAUCUGGCUGCUCAUGGCUGGCUGACGGAUCUGGCUGCUCAUGGCUGGCUGAUGGUGCUGGCUGGGAGGCUGGCGGUGGAGGCGGACCCCAGCCUCGGAUAGCAGUCAUCACCUCCAGCAGGGCGGCUCCCAUCUGCAGGAUCUGCUCUUUCUGGUUCCGAACCUGAGCUUCCAGUCUAGUAUGGGCUGCGUCGGCUCCUGCUGAUUCCAUAGCAGGUGUCUGAUUCUGUCUGGCGGACGGCUCUGCAGGCUCAUGGCAGACGGACGGCUUUGCAGGCUCAGUACAGACGGGCGGCUUAUGCAGCGCUUGGCAGACGGGCAGUUCAGACGCCCUAGGACAGACGGCAGACUCUGGCCGGCUGGCGACGCACAUCGUGGACCUGGUGCGUGGAGUAGGAACAGACCGGCCCGUACCGGGAACACCCACCACUGGCCUUAACUGGGGAUCAAGAACGGACCGGACCAGACUGGGAACACACUUCAGUCUCUCAUGCCGUGCCAUAACAACUUCCCUCCUUCCACUCGCCAAUGGCUCCCGUAAUCCGAAUGCCUUCUCUCCAGCUCUACCUGUGGCAGCCUCCUGCUGCCCAGGCGCCCAAGCCAUGUGCCCCCCCCCAAAAAAAUUUUGGGGAGUAACCACGGGCUUCCAGCCUCGACUCCGCGCUGCCUCCUCGUACCACCUCCUCUCGGCUGCAGCCGCCUCCAGCUCUUCACGAGGGCGGUGAUAUUCCUCCAUUUGUGGCCAAGGACCCUUUCCAGCCCGUAUCUCCUCCCAUGUCCAUGAAUCCGUUGGAGGUAGGUCCUGUUGCCGCUUGUUACGCUGCUUGGUCCUCUUUUGGUGGGUUAUUCUGUCACGAGCGUCGUAAGGAUGAGACCAAAGCGCAGCGUUGCGAGUGAACAUGAUUUAUUAAUAAACGUACUCACGAAAACAAAACAAACAAAGACGAUGCGUGAAGUCCAAUAAACAGAGACACUGGAACAUGGAACAAUAACCCACAACUAACACAAGAAAACCUACAUCUUAAAUAUGGCUCCCAAUCAGAGAUAACGAGCGACAGCUGACACUCGUUACCUCCGAUUGGGAGUCAAUGAAUACAAACAAGGAAACACAACACCAACCUAGAAAUAGACACAACAGAACUCCUCACCUAGAAAUAAACGUGACAGACAUGCAAACAUAAAAUACACCCAAAACCCAACAAACAACAUACACCCUGGCUCAAAUACACAAGUCCUGGAGCCAGAGUGUGACAAUGCAUCUCCGUUUUGGAUAGAUAGCUCUUCGUGUUGUUGUUUGUUUAGUGUUUUCCGAUUUUCCCAGAAGUGGUUAGAGUCUAUGGAUUCUUCAAUUACAUUGAGCUGAUUUCUGACAUGCUGUUCCUUCUUUUUCCGUAGUAUAUUUCUGUAUUGUGUUAGUGAUUCACCAUAGUGAAGGUGUAGGCUCAGGUUUUCUGGGUCUCUAUGUUUUGGGUUGGAUAGGUUUCUCAAUUUCUUUCUUACGUUUUUGCAUUCUUCAUCAAACCAUUUUGUAAUUGUUGUUACUUUUCUUCGGUUUUCGGUUAUAGAUUUUUUGAUUUGAUAGGGAAGCUGAGAGGUCAAAUAUACUGUUUAGGUUUUCUACUGCCAAGUUUACACCUUCACUAUUACAGUGGAACGUUUUGUCCGUUAAGUUGUCUAAAAGGGAUUUAAUUUGUUGUUGCCUAAUUGUUUUUUGGUAGGUUUCGACAUUACUUUCCUUCCAUCUAUAGCAUUUCUUAAUAUUAUGCAGUUCCUUUGGCUUUGAUGCCUCAUGAUUGAGUAUUGCUCUGUUCAAGUAGACUGUGAUUUUGUUGUGGUUUCAUAGGGGUGUCUGUGGUCUGACUGUGAGCGCUCUCUCUCUCUCUCUUUCUCUCUCUCUCUCUCUCUCUCUCUCGCUCUCUACCUUUCUCUCUCUCUCUACCUCUCUCUACCGCUCUCUCUCUACCGCUCUCUCUCCACCUCUCUCUCGCUCUCUACCUCUCUCUCUACCUCUCUCUCUCUACCUCUCUCUCUCUCUCUAACGCUCUCUCUACCUCUCUAUCUCUCUUUCUCUACUUCUAUCUCUCUUUCUCUCUACCUCUCUCUCUACCUCUCUCUAUCUCUCGCUUUAUUUAUUCUCCUUCUCUUGUCUCUUCUCUCCAGGGUUUCUUUCGUAAAGGUAAUGUGUUAAUGGAGAUGGGCCGUCAGUCUGAAGCCCUGAUCCAGUUCCACCGCUGUCUUAAACUACAGGCCGAAUUCGCUCCUGCCAAAAGCCAGAUUAAAAAGGUC